UAAUUCGCCACAAAAAAAAGUUUUGAUUUUCAAGUUACUUUUAUAAUAGUUUUUAGUUAAAUUUUAUAUUUUAAUUCAUUUUUAUUCAUGGAAAACUCUAAAAUAAUUGAAAGUGUAAGUUUAGUAACUAUUGAUCAUUAUAUGUGUAAUCCUAUUGAUGGUUUAGAUUCGUUGUAUUCAGAAUUUUGGGGCACACAAGUUACUAAAGUACCUGUUCUUAGAAUUUUUGGAUCGACAAUUCAAGGUGUAAAAUGCUGUUUACACAUCCAUGGUGUAUAUCCUUAUAUUUUUGUUCAGUUAGAAUCAUUGGAUGUAAGUGACAACUCAAAUUUAUACAAUUUUGCCAAUAGCCUUGAAAAGGCAAUAUGUUUAACUGUGGGAGUUACCAGCUCAAAAUCAAAACACAUACAUAAUAUUACAGUAGUAUCAGGAAAACCCUUUUAUGGUUACCAUAAAGAAAAUCAUCAAUUUUUAAAGGUGCUUUUUUACAAUCCAUACACAGCAAAAGUUGCGGUAGACUUAAUACAAAGUGGAGCAGUUUGUAAUAAAAUAUUUCAACCUCAUGAAGCACACAUUCCAUUUCAUUUACAAUUUAUGAUAGAUUAUAAUAUUCAUGGAAUGAAUUAUGUACAACUUAGCAGUGUUAAAUAUAGAUCUAUUGAAAAACAAGUGAUACCUAAGAUUAGUCGAUGUACAAAAGAAAUGGAUACUCUUGCUGUUGACAUUUUGAAUCCUAAUUUAAAUAUAGGUGAAUUACAAAGUCCAGGAUUAUCAACUAUUCGAAGUCAAAUAAAUAAGUUAUCUUCUGAUCUUAAUGUAACUAGGCAAGGAAUUGAAGUUUUCAGUGGAGAUAGAAAACCUGUUGUUAAGUCAAACUUGGAAUUAAAAUUUAAAAAUGAUUUGCAAAAAAAAUUAGAUGAAAUAAAGAAACAAGUUAUAAGUAGUACAAGUCUAUCAGAAUUGGAAGCAAGUGUAAAUGAAGAUAUUGUACAAAAUUUAUCUCAAACAUUUCAGUCUCAAGCACAAUUAUGGGACAGCCAGAGUAUUGAUUUGAUGAAUUUAUUAAUGAAUGAAAAGAUAAAUAGUCCUGAUAAUGUUAAGAGUUUUUCUUAUAAAGCUGCAAGUGAUGAAGAGGACAAUUUAGAUAAUGAUUUUAAUGAAGAUGAAUUAUCAAUGUCCCUAGUUGAUUUACAUGAAAGACAUUCUCAGACUAUAAACUGUCAUGUUGAUUUUAACAAGGAAAACUCUGAACUCACUAAUGAAGAAUAUAUUAACUUUAUCUCUCCUAAUUCAAGCCAAGAAUCAAAUGUUGUCAAUUUGACCAUUGUUGCAAGUAGUGGUGAUGAAACAAUAUGUGGGGAAGAAAAAAAUUUAGAAAAUUCUAGCUCUCAAGCAGUUAUAAACGAACAUACUCAGUUACACUAUGAUAGUUAUAAUGAUUAUGACUCAAUGUUUAAUAUCAAGAGAACUCUAUGGACUUUAAAAACAAAACCACCAACUCAUCAUGAUGCUUUGAAUUUUUUAGAUAAAUUUAAAAAAGUUUAUAAUUUAAAAACUAACACAUUUAAAAAUACUAGUGUUAUUGAAUCAAUUAGAAAACAAUUAUUGUCUAUUAGUUGUACUGGAUUUAAUGAUUUCAACUUUUUUGCAUCAGAAAAUAAUGUUAUAUUAGAGCCACUAAAAAAGGCUCCAACUUAUUCUAUGGCUAUGAAAUGGUUGGAAAAAUAUAAAUCUAAAUGCAAAAGAAAAAGAAAAAAAAAAGGGAUAAAUACACCUCAGUCAAUUCCAAAAUCUCUUAUACUAAAAAAAUUAAAUCAUAGUACUCCUAAAUUAAGCCAGGGGAUAUUUAACACUAGUUUACUUGGUACUGUUAAAGAAAGUCAUAGUAGACAAUCUACUAAAAGAAAGCUUAGUACUUUAUUUAUGGAUUCAUUAAAUGUAGAUAGUAGCAAUGAUUCACAAAUUGAUUUUUUCAAUUCAUUAAAAACAUCUAAUAGUUCAGAUAGUCAUAUUUUAGAUGGAAUACAAGCAUAUGGAAGUUCUCAUAACUUUUGUGUUGAUAGAGAUAAUAACAAUAAUCUUACCAUCAUAACUAUGGAGCUUUACACUCAAACAAGAAGUACAUUAAAUCCUGAUCCAGAAUAUGACAGUAUACAUGGAAUUUUUUAUCAUGUUCUCAGUGGAUCAUUUGACAAAACAUCUACUACAGGUUGUAUACUUGUAGAUGAAAGAAUUUAUUCAAAUGAUUUAUCUCAUUUUAAAUCAAAAAUAAUUUUAUGUCACACGGAAGAUGACUUAUUGGAUAAAUUUAUUGAAAUAGUAAAUAAUUGGGAUCCUGAUAUUAUAUGUGGCUAUGAGAUAGAAAUGCAGUCAUGGGGUUACCUGAAACAAAGAUGUGGCAAUCUUGGACGCAAUAUAAAUUCUGAAUUAUCCAGAUUAAUUACAGAGCAUGAUACUAGUAUAGAUUAUAAUUAUGAAGAAGCAGUAAAUAUUGACUUGAAGUUUAAAGGUAGAAUCGUAUUAGACAUUUGGAGAUUGCUGCGACAUGAGUUAGCAGUUCAAAGUUAUUCAUUUGAAAAUAUGGUUUAUUUAAUAUUGAAUCAGAGAGUGCCAUCUUAUUCAUACCAAACAUUGUCUUACUGGUGGAAUCAUGAAAGUUUAUUGUUUAGGUGGUUGACUAUUGAUUAUUAUUUAUUCAAAGUUGAAAAUACAAUUAACAUUAUACAACAGCUUGAUUUAAUUGGUCGCACAGUUGAACUAGCUAAACUAUUUGGAAUACAAUUUUAUGAAGUAUUAUCUAGAGGUUCACAAUUUAGAGUUGAAUCAAUGAUGUUGCGUUUAGCUAAAAAGAAAAACUAUGUUGCUGUUUCUCCAAGUAUUAAGCAAAGAGCAGAAAUGAAUGCACCUCAAAGUUUGCCUUUAAUUAUGGAACCAAAGUCAAGGUUUUAUACUGAUCCAGUAGUGGUAUUAGAUUUUCAGAGUUUAUACCCAUCUAUCAUAAUUGCAUACAAUUAUUGUUUUUCAACUUGUUUAGGAAGUAUUGAUUUACUUGGCAAGUUUGAGUUGUUUAAAUUUGGAUGCACUAAGUUGAAUGUACCUUUUGAAACAUUAAUAAAUCUAAUAGAUGAUUUAACAAUAUCACCUUGUGGAGUAGCAUUUGUAAAAAAAAAUUUAUGUCAGGGUAUAUUGCCAACCAUGUUACAAGAAAUUCUUGAUACUCGUAUAAUGGUGAAAAAUCUAAUGAAAGAACAAAAAAACAACAAACGCCUAUGGAAAAUCUUAAAUGCUCAACAACUUGGACUUAAAUUAAUAGCUAAUGUAACUUAUGGCUAUACUGCAGCAAAUUUUUCUGGUAGAAUGCCUAGCAUUGAAGUUGGAGAUAGUGUGGUUAGUAAAGGCCGUGAAACCCUUGAAAGGGCAAUAGAUCUAAUUCAAUCUACUAAAAAUUGGAAUGCAGAAGUUGUGUAUGGAGAUACAGAUUCUAUUUUUGUAUUACUCAAAGGAAGAUCUAAAGAGGAUGCUUUUAAAAUUGGUAAUGAAAUGGCUGAUACUAUUACAAAAGAUAAUCCCAUCCCAGUCAAGUUGAAAUUUGAAAAAGUUUAUUAUCCAUGUAUUUUACAAACCAAAAAGCGAUAUUGUGGGUAUAUGUAUGAAAAUAUUGAACAAAAACAACCAAAAUAUGAAGCAAAAGGAAUAGAAACAGUUCGUCGUGAUGGUUGUCCUGCAGUUUCAAAAAUUUUAGAGAAGAGCCUUUGUAUUUUAUUUGAAACUAAAAGUAUUGCUUCUGUUAGGAAAUAUGUUGAUAAACAAUUUAAAAAAAUAUUCAAAGGAAAUGUUAAUAUUCAAGAUUUUCUGUUUGCCAGAGAAUAUAGGGGACGUAGAGGAUACAAACCUGGUGCUUGUGUACCUGCUUUAGAAUUAGCUAAGCAAUGGUCUGCUGUAGAUAGACGAGCUGAGCCUAGGGUAAAAGAGAGAGUCCCUUAUCUUAUUGUAGCUGGACCAAAAGGUUUGCCACUAAUUAAACUGGUACGGUCGCCUAUGUUUUAUUUAAAAGAGAAAUCUGCUCGUCUUAACGCUGAGUAUUAUAUAUCUAGAGUUAUAAUACCACCAUUACAAAGGUGUUUUUCAUUACUCAACGUUGAUAUCAAUCAAUGGUAUUCUGAAGUACCACGAAUUUAUCAUUAUCAUUUUCCUGAAUUAAUGUUAGAAAAUAAACGAAAGUGUACACUAUCUCAAUAUUUUUUUUCAGUUAAUUGUAUUUUAUGUAAUAGAUUAUCCCAAAAUGGAUUUUGUGAGCAAUGUGUACAGAAUCCUCAGUAUUUAGUAUUGCAACUGAAUCAUCUUUUAUCAAAAUGGACAAAAAAACAAAGUGAUUUAGGAACUAUUUGUAGAUCAUGUUGUGGCAGAAAUGUUGAGUUAAAGUGUAAUUCAUUGAAUUGUCAGAUUUUUUACAGCUCUCAACAAGCAAUUAAAGAUAUGCAACAAUAUUCUUAUAUUAAUGAUAUAAGAGAUAAUCUUAAUGUAUAAGUACUACUUUGUUAUGUUUUAAUCUUUGUUAAUUAUUGGAAUUUAGAAACUAUAAACGUGUAAAAUGUGUAUAAUUAUACAAAAAUAUAUGAAUGUCAUUAAAACUUUUUAUAAAAUUAAAAUACUUAUAUUUAUUUACUACUUUUAAUAAUGAUAAAUUGGUUUAUUGUUCAAGUUACAAUGGACCUAAUGUUAA